AAGGUGCCGCAGAUAGCGGACAGUGUUCUAUAAGCCAUCGGUGAAAACUGUCGGAUGAAACAUCUCCUUUUAAAAAAAAUCAAUCGCGAAAAAAUUUUGGACAUAAAAAUUCCUAAAAAUAUUGACUUUUUAGAAUUAAGUUUCUUUUAAAACAUUUAUGAAGGAAUGUAGUUCGUUGAGAAAGAUUGUUUCAUAAGUUUUGCAAGAAUUAAUUGAAAGAUGUAAUCGAUUUGAGAUGAUGUAAUGAUCGUGUCAUGACAGUGCCAGUGCGAGCCGGUUGUGAUGACAGUGGCCGAUGAUAAUGAUGAUGAAGAAGCUGAAUGUCAGAAUCAGCUGAGUGUUCAGCAUGCGUCUGGCAGCUCUACGUUAUGCCGUCACAAUUUGUGGGCUAGUCAUCAUAUUAGAUUUGAUUGGGGUGGUGUGUGGGGUCGUGGCGCUCGGCGCCGAGGUAAUUUGCAAUCGCGUGCCAGGUUUGACACCCCAACAAAAGGACAUGUGCCGGGAGUCGCCGGAUGCUAUGGCGGCAGUCGGUGACGGUAUCAAAAUGGCAACGAACGAGUGCAUGCACCAGUUCAGACAUCAUAGGUGGAACUGCACCGCGAUCAAUAAUCCCAAUUCUUUUGGUCAUGUCGUCAUUGUCGGUUCUAGAGAAGCUGCUUUUACAUAUGCGAUCUCAAGUGCUGGUGUAACAUAUGCGGUGACUUCUGCGUGUGCUCGAGGUAAUAUAUCGGCGUGCGGAUGCGCGUCAGGAUCGAAUAGAUCGCGGGAACCGGCUCCUUCAGGAUGGAAAUGGGCGGGGUGUAGCGUGGAUGUUGCCUUCGGGAUGAAAUUUGCGAGGAAGUUUCUCGAUUCGAGGGAAUUCGACGGUGACGAACGAAGUUUGAUGAAUCUACAUAAUAAUAAGGCAGGAAGAAAGGCCGUUAAAUUAAAUCUGACGACAGAAUGCAAGUGCCACGGGGUAUCAGGAAGUUGUACCAUGAAAACUUGUUGGAAGAGCUUACCGCCGUUUCGACUUAUCGGGGAUAGUUUGAUGAAGAAAUAUUACCGAGCCAGACCUGUGACGGCGAUCUCAAGCGUACUAAAAAACGAGAAGAAAUCGAAGAAGAUCCAUCUUGUUUUAAAAAAGGGAAAAAUGCCUAUAAAGAAACCUCCGAAGAAAAGUGAUUUAGUUUUCUUACAAACGUCUCCAAAUUAUUGCGAAAAAGAUUUAACAGCUGGUUCUUUAGGAACUGUUGGAAGAGCUUGUAAUCGAACAUCAAAAGGUAGCGAUGGGUGUGACUUAAUGUGUUGUGGUCGAGGAUACAACACGCAUCAGUACACAAGAACUUGGCAGUGUAAUUGCAAAUUUUACUGGUGCUGUUCGGUCGAGUGCAAGGUGUGCAGUGAAAGAACCGAGGAGUACACUUGUAAAUAAAGGACCGUAACGAUCCUCGGCACCACAAUAACCGUACGUUCGAUCGUCUCUGAACAAUGGACCACAACGGACACAAACCGCUAUCAAUAUACAUAACGAAACGAUAAUUGAUUAAUCAACGAAGCCUCGGCCUGAAAUAACGUUUAAUGUCGGUUUAUGCAAACGCUAUACUCACGAUAUUAGAAUUUACAGUUAGUUUGUACGUAUUGCCUUACCUAAAUUAUUUAUUUCCUACCCAUUAUUUGUUCGUUAUUAAUGUUAUACGUCCCUUAUUUUUUAUGUAAUUUACAUGACACUCGUUUAUAAUUUUUGCUUUGUAAAUCGCUUCUAAUAAAUUAUCUAUUACAAGAGU